UAUUUUUCUGAUAUUCUAUAAGAAUGAAAAAAAAAGCAGAAAAAAUGACCCAACAAACACUUUUGGGGUUUAUUAAAAAACCAGAGAAAAAGGAAAGUACUUUAGUAGGAUUCCCUUAUAGUCCAUCAAAAUCCUGUGAUUUUUCAUCAUCAUCAGGGAAUUCACAGGAUAUUUCCUCUAAAUUGGAGACAGAAUCGUUAAAUUUAGGAGAUACAUCAUUUAAUGGCAUACUUACACCGGUUACAUUGAAUAUUCAUAAAUUAAAUUCAGAAAAGACUAGAGAAAAGGAAAAUUUUUCAUCGUUUAAUCUGUCUCCUCUCAAUUAUCCUAGAAGAAAAUUAAAUUAUAAGGAAGAUAAUGAAGAUGAGGACGAUAUGGAAUAUAUACUUUUUAGACGGAAAAAGUCGAAAAUUAUUCAUGAUAGUGAUGAUGAAUUUAAAAUGACGAUUUCUGAAGAUGAUAGUAAAAACAAUGAGAGUGAUUCAUGUCCUAGUGUUUCAAGUAAUCAGGAAGAGAAUCAUUUAAAAAGAAGAAAAUUAAGGAAAUUGAUAAAUAAAGAUAAAAAAAGAGAUCUAGUAGAAAAAUUUGAAAAAAUGGAGAAAAAUAUGGAAAUUGAAAAUAAAUAUUCAUCAAUUGAUUCAUCUGAUAAAAAAUCAUCUUCAACCUCUUUAUUUAGCACUCAAGAAAAAUCUUCAGAAGUUUUUAAUCAUGAGGCUGAAGAAAAUUAUAAAUUUUUACUUCCUGAAUAUAGAAGAGAUGCUGAUGGGAAUUUGCCAUCUUCCCCUAAUUAUGAUGAAAGAACAUUAUAUAUACCCCCUGCUGCAUACAAAUCAUUUAAGCCAUUUGAAAAACAAUAUUGGGAUAUUAAAUCUAAAUUUAUGGAUACAUUAGUUUUUUUUCAAAAAGGAAGAUUUUAUGAGUUAUAUCAAAUAGAUGCAGAUAUUGGUCAUCAAUUGUUUAAUCUUAAAAUGACAGAUAGAGUUGGGACUAUGAGAAUGGUUGGUGUUCCAGAUGCUAAUUAUGAACAUUGGGCUUCUAAAUUUAUAGAAAAAGGUUUUAAAAUUGCUCGUGUAGAUCAAUUAGAAACUUCUCUUGGAAAAGAAAUGAGAGAUAAAUCUUCUAAAGUCAAAGAUGAAAAGGUAGUUAGGAGAGAAUUGGUUCAUGUAUUGACUUCUGGAACACUUAUAAAUGAGGGUAUAAUGAAAUCAGAUCUUUCGACUUAUUGUAUGGCAAUUAAAGAAGAAUAUGAAAUAAAUAGUUCUGUAGUAUCUUUUGGGAUAUGUUUUGUUGAUGCUGCAACAGCAAAUUUCAAAAUUACAUAUUUUAAAGAUGAUCUUUCAAGAACAAAACUCUAUACACUUAUUACUCAAAUAAAACCGAAAGAACUUAUUUUAGAAAAGGCAAAUGUUACUCCUAAAACUAUCAAACUUUUAAAAAAUUCAGGGAUUGAUGAAACAACAUGGAAUUUCAUAAAACCAGGCAUAGAAUUUUGGGAUGAACAUACAACAGAAUCUCAAUUUCUAAUAAAUAAUUAUUUCAAAGAUAAUGAUUUCAAUAAUUGGCCUCCAGCGCUUCAAAAAGCGCGAAAUUAUCCUAUAGCGUUGUCUUCUGUAGGUGGAUUGGUCUGGUAUUUGAAGACACUAAAAAUGGACAAAAAUUUAUGUACUCUUGGAAAUUUUGAAUGGUAUGAUCCUAUUCAAGAAGCCACAUCACUUAUUCUUGAUGGACAAACUCUUAAAAACCUUGAGAUUUUUAGCAAUUCAUAUGAUGGAGGAUUAGAUGGUACCCUUAUUAAGCUUCUUAAUAGAUGCACAACGCCAUUUGGAAAACGAUUAUUUCGGCUUUGGCUUUGCCAUCCAUUACGUUCUGUUGAUAAAAUAAAUGAAAGAUUAGAUGCUGUAGAAUUGCUGAGUGAUCUUUCUAUUAGAAAAUUUAUCGUUAAUUCUUUUAAAACUCUUCCUGAUCUUGAACGAAUGAUCUCACGAAUUCAUUCUAAACAUUGUAGGAGUAAAGAUUUCAUAUCUGUUUUAGAGGGAUUCAAUACCAUAUAUGAGAUAUUAGACUAUCUUUCUAAAAAUUUGAAACAAGAUAAUGGUCUUCUUUGGAAAAUUAUAAAUGACGUUCCAGAUCUUGUAGAUAUUCUUAAUGAUUGGAAAAAAAUGUUUGAUUGGAAAAAAUGUAAAGAUGAAGAUAUACUUAUUCCUAAUCCUGGAACUGAAAAAGAUUUUGAUAAUUCUCAAAAUAAAAUUGAAGCAAUUGAAGAUGAACUUCAUCAAAUGGAAAGAGACUAUAGAAAACAAUUUAAAUUACCUCAAAUUACCUUUAGAGACAUUGGAAAAGAAAUAUAUCAGAUAGAGGUUCCUAAAUCUAUUGAAGUACCGUGUUCAUGGAUCAAACUCUCGUGUACAAAGUCUGUUAAUAGAUAUUGGUCUCCUGAAUUAAAAAUAAAAGUGCGACAGCUUCAAGAGGCCAGAGAAGCUCAUAAAAUUGUAAUAAAGAAUGUUCGAGAUUCGUUUUUUGCUAAAUUCGAUGAAAACUAUUUCCAAUGGCUAAAAGUUGUUAAAAGUAUUGCACAUCUAGAUUGCUUAACAAGUUUAUCUAUAUCAUCUAUGGAAUUCGGAGAGCCAUCAUGUCGCCCACAAGUUAUUGAUAGUGAAUAUAGUAUUUUAGAGUUUGAUGAACUACAGCAUCCGUGUGUUGUUCCAAGUCUUUCAUCGUCUUUUAUACCAAAUAAUAUUAAAUUAGGGGGAUCUAAGGAUGAUCCGACAAUUGUUUUAUUAACAGGCCCAAAUAUGGCUGGAAAAUCUACUUUAUUAAGACAAACUUGUGUUGCAGUAAUAUUAGCUCAACUUGGAUGUCGAGUUCCUGCAAGGCGUGCUCUACUUACUCCCAUGGAUUCUAUUAAAAGUAGACUCGGUGCAAAUGAUAACAUAUUUGGGUCACAAUCUACUUUUAUGGUAGAACUUUUAGAAACCAAAAAAAUUAUUGAAGAAUCAACCUCAAAAUCUUUAGUUAUUCUGGAUGAACUUGGAAGGGGAACAUCAACUUAUGAUGGUUUAGCAAUUGCAUAUUCUACACUUCAUAAAUUAUCUACAUAUGUAGGAUGUCUUGGGUUCUUUUCAACUCAUUAUCAUUCGUUAGUAAAAGAUUUUGAAAAUCAUCCAAAAAUAGCAGCGCAUUAUAUGGCAGCACAUGUUGAUGAAAAUGAAAGGAAAAUAACAUUUUUAUAUGAACUCAGACCUGGUGUAAGUUCUAAAUCAUAUGGAAUGAAUGUUGCUGCUAUGGCAGGUAUACCAGAUGAAAUUAUUAAAAAUGCGGAAAUUGCAGCCAAAAAAUUUGAGAUAUCUUCACAAUCUGCUCGAUUAAAUAAAACUAAUUAUGAAUCAUCUAUUUCAUUGGCAUCUCAAAGUGACUUUUCUUGGUUAAUGAAAUUGUUGACUUCUAAAGAUCCUAUACCCUCAAUACUAGAUCUUAAAAGACAACUUUACGUAAUUGCAAAUACCUUUUAAUUUAUUUUGUAUUUCAAGCUCUUUAGUUUACGAUUUAGAUGAA